UGUAAAACUAGUGGAAGUGCACAGUAGGUCUCAGAUAAACACAGUUGAUAUCAUAGUCCACGAAGCAGCCGAUAAACCCCAGUGGGACUUGGCAAGCUUGAAAGUGUUCCACACACGGUUUUCAUAAAUAUUGGGAAUUCAAUAUCUUAUAAAAUCUUGAAGACGAAGACGCACGUUGGCCUCGUUGCUUUCUCCGAAAGAUUGGAUUUUGAUCAGAGUCUUCAAUUUGGUGUUGUGUGCUUUUAAAUUUUUGAUGCAAGAUGGAGUUGGCAGAAUUUAGUUCAAUGAUAAAGUUUCUGUUUUGAUUUCAUGUGUGAACAUUAGCAUUAUCUGCUUGAGCUUGAAAUGUAAUUGGACUUGCUGUGCCCUUGUAGAUGCUGAUGUUGCUUUGAAAAGAGUCUGGGAAAACAAGGGUAUUGUUGAAAAUGGUGCAAGGUUUGUCACUGAGCACUCUGGCUACGUCGCGUAGCAGUUGUGUUUGUGGAUCAAUGCCUUCAUGGAGGAGGCAUUUUAGAGUAAUGAGGAAAGACCAGAUAAGUAGCGAAAGAAAUUUCAUGUGGCAUCAGUGUGAUCAUAGCGUAUUCGUGAAAGGUAACCCUCAUAUGUUGAGGCAAAGGAAUGUAAGGGUGGAAGCUGGGUGGCUGUUUAAAGGGGGUGAUCGGGGGUCGGAUGCAAUCUCAGAGCGCAGUGAGAGUGCGAAUGAGGAUAUUUUGAUAUUCUUCUUCCAGCUGGACCUGGCAACUCGAGUCCAGUAUGCAUUGAACGUGGAAGAGUAUGACAUUGCACAACAACUGAGAACCAAGCUGGCUGAGGUUGAAGCAGAAGUUGCUAGGCAGCAGGAGGGGAAAAGGGGAUCGUCUUCAAAGAGUGAAGCUCAAGAUAAGGCUAUAAGUCUCAUUCGCUUACGGGCAGACCUGCAGGGUGCAAUUGAGAGUGAGAAUUAUGCAUUGGCAGCCAAGCUACGGGAUGAAAUUUCCAAACUGGAGGCAGAGUCAUUGGCUAUAUCAGCCAAAGCUUUGGCACAUGAAAAUGCAAACUAUUCAUUUCGUUUGGGACAGAGAGUGAGGCAUAAAAAUUUUGGCUAUAGGGCUGUGGUUUGUGGAAUGGAUCCAGUGUGCUGUGAAUCAAGUUCAUGGAUGGAAACUGCUCAAGUUGAAAAGUUGUCACGGGGUUCUAAUCAGCCAUUUUAUCAGGUUUUGGUUGAUGUUCAUGCAGAUCCCAACCUUCUGGUGGCUUAUGUUGCUGAGGAGAAUCUAUUGGCCCCUGACAAACCAGACUUGGAUCGAUUUGAUCAUCCCUAUAUUUCCUUCUUAUUCUAUGGGAUGGAUGCAGCUGGUGAUUUCAUCCCUAUCAAGCAACUACGCGAGAAGUACAACAGGCCGCGACAUGAAAUACCACUCGAUGAGGAGCCUGGAGGCGAUGCUUAGAUAAACUCCAGCAUUUAGGCAACAGACCUUGUAUAACAUACUGAUUUACAUAGAUCCCACGAGUAUACUUCAUUGUUUUUCCCCCUUCUUAGAACAUACUAAUUACACUGGCCGGAUAGCCGUAAACAGGUUAGAGAGCCCUCUGUUUGUUAUUUUGUUUAUAUCCUACUCAAUGAAGCCUAUUUGGUGAAAUUUUCUUCACAA